UAAAUUCACAUUUACAUUUACCUUGUAAAAUAUUGCAUAAAAGAGAAAAGACAAAGCGUGACAAAACUAGUCUGAAUAAAAUCUCCUCCUUUAUAUCUCUCUCUGUUUUUUCGAGAACCGAGUUUCCUCCCUCAUCACUCCAUUCCACUCCCACCAUUCAGAUUUAGAGAGAGAAACCAACAAAAAGCUUAAUCUAGAGAGAGAGAGAAAAAAAAGAAAUCAAAGAAUGGGUUUCGCUUUAGUACUUUCCGCUUCUUUUCUUGUACAAUGAACAGAAAAGAAGAAGAAGAAGAAGAAGAAAUACAAACCCUUCUUCUUAUCAACAACAACACAACAAACAAUGGCUAUUGACCAAACCCCACAAAAAUCAAUGCUCGACGCUCUCUACUGUGAAGAAGAAGAAGAACAAUGGGAAGAAGAAGAGAGCGAAAUCACAUCAAAUAAUAUUAAUAAUAAUAUUUAUGUUCUUCGUCGUCCUCUGUUUUUAUUGGAGCAGGAUUUAUUCUGGGACGACGAAGAACUGCAAACCCUAUUCUGCAAGGAGAGAGAAACUUGUCUGAAACCCAGAGAAGCAGGAUUUGUUGCUUCUUCUUCUCUCUCCUCUGCAAGAAAAGAAGCUGUGGAAUGGAUUCUCAAGAUCAAUGCCCGUUAUGGGUUCUCGCCGUUGACCGCCAUACUUGCGGUCAACUAUCUGGAUAGGUUUCUUUCAAGUCUGCAGGGCUUCUCUAAUGAGGAGAAGAAGCAGCCGCCAUGGAUGAUGCAGCUCUGUGCUGCCACGUGUCUCUCUCUUGCUGCUAAAGUUGAAGAAACCCAUGUCCCUCUUCUCUUAGACCUUCAAGUGGAGGGUACGAAGUAUGUGUUUGAGGCGAAAACGAUACAAAGAAUGGAGAUAUUGGUGCUUUCGUCGCUAAAAUGGAGGAUGAAUCCGGUGACACCACUUUCGUUUCUUGAUCAUGUAAUAAGAAGGCUUGGUCUGAAGAGCAAUCUUCAUUGGGAUUUCCUUAGGAACUCCGAAAAUCUUCUUCUCUCUUUCGUCUCCGAUCCAAGAUUCAUGCUUUACAUGCCGUCUGUAUUGGCUACUGCGACAAUGCUGCACGUUAUCCGUCGUGUUGAGCCCUGUAAUAACGCCAUUGUUGCCUAUGAAAACCAGCUUCUCAGUGUUCUCAACAUCAGCAAGGAGGAAGUUGAUGAGUGUUACGAGGUUAUAUCUGAAGUAAUUUCGAACAACAACAACAACAACGUUAAUCAUCAUCUCAAACGUAAAAGUUGCAGAGUUCAUCAAGAAACCAAUAAUAAUAAUAAUAAUAAUUCAUGGGGAAUCUUAUCAUCAGUUGAUGAUCAAGAAUCAUCGUUGUCUUGCAUUUCAUCGUCUUCUUCAAAUAUUAUUAUCCCGAACAAGAAAAUAAAAAGGGGUGCUGGUGCUGCCAUUAAUCAUCAGUUGCCAUCUUUGAGCAGAUCAGUUUUUGUGGACGCUGUUGUCACUCCUCAUUAAUCAAAUCAAAGCUUGCUUUCUCUCUCUUCUCUUCUCUCUCUCUCUAGAAUUUUCUAUAUUCAUCAUUUGUCUAUUAAAGUUAAUAUAUUAAUUCGCCUUUCGUCAACAACGUAACUCUGCAAACUGCGCGCAAGAAGAGGAAAGAGAAAGGGAAAGAAAAUGAGAAAAGAAGAAACUGCUGAGAGUUGGUAGUAUUGGCUGCUGCAGAAAGAGCAGCUGGCAUGCAAUUUACAGACACAGAAAGAAUUAAGAGAGAGAAAGAAGAGAGAGAAAGAGAAGAGGACAGAAGCAAUGAAGUAUAUCUGCAAUUUUUUUUCUUUAUUUUCUUUUUUUCUCUCUCUUUCUAUCUACUUAUGUUUUUAAUUCCUUAUUUUCAUCGAUCCAUCUCUUUUGUCUCUUUCAAGAA